GUUAUGUUGUAAAAAUAAUAUCUGAAGAAGAGGGAAAUUUGAUCAGUGCUCAUAGAUAUUUCGGACAAGGCCAUCUUUUCCGAUAGCUAAAUCAAGGCACAUCCUGACUCGAACCCUUGAACACCCAACAAAGCAGAGAAAAUUGUGGAGAGCUGCAUCCACAGAUUUUAUGAUAUCACUCCACCAGUCAGCUCGUGUCAGAGUAUACACGUUCUGCAUGGCCAAGACGAGUAGGAAGCGUAUUAACUUGACACACACGAUCGUCUAGGCACUUGCAUUCGGUGAUUCUUAAUUGACUCAUGUGGAAACGAAACUUCUCAAUGUUAUGAGUAUUGUGGUUUCAGUGUGCUGCCAGUUGCGUCAAAGUUGCAGUGGGAAUUUUAUGAUUUAUAGCUACAUAGCUGACCUCUAACCUGAUACGUAUUUCUUUAGGAGAUGACGUCGUCGGAUGUCAAACACAGACAGAUAGAUUGCUAACAAACACUGCAACAAGUUGGCAGGCAUAUUUAGCUGAAUUUUAUCUAAAGUGUCGUCACUAAUGAAGCAUAAUGCAAAUGAUAGAGCCUCCUAUGGAUAGGCAUAUUCAACAGACUAACAAUAGACUCCUAUGUAUCAAAGAGCAACUUUCUGACAAAACAUCAUUCCAGUCAGCAGCUGUUGAGCUGUUGGAAUGGUGUGAAGACCCACGAGCCUUUCAAUCUCCGUUUGAGGGAGCUCUCAUCUCAUGUUUAACAGUUGUUAGCCAAGUCGCUGCAAAGAACGGUUAUGAUCUAGAUAUUGGGUACCGACUGCUUGCUGUGUGUGCGUCUCACAGAGACAAGUUCUCGCCCAAGUCAGCUGGCACAAGGUCAAACGCAAAGCAGGUCAUGAUUUCUGCAAGCUUAUUGGAUGUGGUUUUUGAGCGAGGCAGUGUUGGUUGAUGCUUGCUACUCCAGAACCAAUCCAGAAGUAAUCAGGUAAAUUAACAAGUAGGAAUUCGGAAAUUUCAAACAGGUGUGCUGAAGGCGAGGACAGCUAUUAAAACAGGCCUGUUGAACAGGGUAUUGAAAAUGUUGUAUACCAUGUAAUAUGAAUGUAAUACUUAGUUAUUAAACAUACAUACUUGUGGACAGUAUUAAUAAGCCUGUUGAACAGUGUCUUGAGAAUGUUGUAUACCAUGUAGCAUGAAUUUAAUACUCAAUUACGUAUUAGACAUAGGCCUACAUUACGUGAGGGAAGCUAUUAACAGGCCUAUUGAACAGGGUAUUGAGAAUUUUGUAUACCAUGUAAACAUAAAUGUAAUACUCAAUAUUAAACCUGCAUACUCUACACCAGUGUAGUUCAGGCAAGACUUUAUUUUCUAAAGAUCUCUAAAGAGACUAGAUUUUCUUUUUAGCAAAAUUGUUCUACCAGAAAGCAUUGGGAUGAAAAUAUACAGUUAAUCCUGUCAAUGAAUAAAAACUAAGAUGAAAAGUAAUUCAGUAAUGAUGCUGACAACAGGUCAUCUAUUAACUAGAUAUCAAAGAUCUUAUAAUUACUAGAUAGCGCUCUCCAUGAUUCUACAUGUAACAAAUAGAAGUGCCAAUGUUCAGUAAAUAGAAACAAAAAGUAAAAACUAUUGAGAGAGGACGUCCUAGUUGUCAUUACGGUUGUUGUAGAAUUUGCACGCAGAUGUGCUAUCUUUAGUUAACUAUCCCUGAUGUCAAAAUUGAAAAGUAAUCACUUUUGCAGUGUAGGAGGGCGCCCUACACUGCGUUAUCACAGAAUUUGCACACAGAAAUCGCGAAGAACUCUACCUUAUAAUUAUAAUAUCUUUGCAAGAUAUACAAACAAAAAAACACUUUUUCUAACCUCGUAUUUCAGAGUUCAUUGAGCAAGCUUGUUAUAAGUCAUGCACAAUUUUUCAGGUUAAACAAAAAAAAAUAAAUAAAACAGUUAUACAUAUGGAAUAUAAGAUUCGAUACCCAACAGACAAUUCAUAUAAGUUGUUAAUUAUUUACAUGAUUUUUAUCGAUAACUUUCAAUUUCACAUACAGUUUUGAUUCAUGUAUUAAGUCACAUUAAGCAUGAAGUAGGAGCUAAAGAGCAUAAGUAAUAAAACAGUGCUAGUAAUACAUUCCUGUAGGUACAACUGAGUACUUGUUUAAAUAUACUGGUGGGGGUUUAAAAAGCAGGCAACUGGCCACCCUACCAAGCAAUUAUGAGGCUUAGUAUGAUGGGCUACUAACAGCUCAUUCUACUACGUUCAGUGAAUUUGAGAGUACCUUUACAUUUAUUGUCUAUAAGACAUGUGAAGGAAAUUUAUUGGAUGCUGUCAAUCUGUUGGAAAUAUAACUUUCAAUAUUGGAUAUGCACUUUUCUGUUAUGCUUUGUUAAACUUAUUAGUGAUAAAUAUUCUGCUUGCCAAUUUGUAACUUAAGAUAUAAGGUGUAGAUUUAGACACAUGAUUAUCUAUUUCUGGAUAUUUUUUAUGGAUCCUUUAUCUGUAAUCAAUAAAA